CGCCAGGGAUGCAAACACCGCCGCGUUCGCUUCUCCGCUGAUGACCGGCUGCGGCAAGCGGCUGGCUACAAGCCUGCCAGUAGUACUCCAUUGGCCGCGUGAGAGCGUGCACGUGCUCGCUGUUUUUUUUUUUUUUUUCGGGGCUCUUAGCAGUUACCCACCAGCAGACCGCGGCUGUCGUGCUUUUCCGGGGCAGCUUGCCGUUUCCCGGCCGAUGAGGUCCGCCGUCUGAGCGCGGCUCGAAUGCUGCGGGUGCCCUACGUGCUCGGCGUGCCAUAGAUGUCUGGCCGUUGAUAAGAGUGCUAUCCGGAUUGAGUUUGGGAGCCCACACGACUCCGCUGUUUGUGAAGUCUCGCCUCUGGGGCACAAGAAGUCUUCGCAAACACUUUACCUCUGAUGAUUGUUGCCACUUAACCAUGGGCGCUUCUGCAAAGUUCUUCGCAACGUAGGAUUCGUGCGCAUCGCCUACGGGAACACGUUGGGCAAGCGACCCUGUAAGCGCCUCGGAGGGUAAUGCAUCCCGAGAAGUCUGCCAUGGUGACACCACUGCCCCAGACGCCCACCCUGGUGCUCAUUGACGGAAGCUGCGCUCUGCUGAGCCGACAAGACACCGAGUCAUCGUCGCCUCCGGGAUCCCCUCCCGCGGGGUCCAAGAAGGCGCCGGGAUGCUCGUGGCGCGACCAGUGGCGCAUCGGUGCGCUGAUGGGCGCCUCGGUGGUGUCGCUCUACUGCUGCGUCUUCUGGCUCAUCUACGCGCUCUCCAUGGAGGGCGGCCGGCGGCCGGGACUCUUCCUGUCGGCCACCUGCCUGCUGCUGCUCGUCGCGCUCGGUGUGACGCUCCUCUCCAUCCGGAAGCUGUGCGACCUGCUCGCGCCGGCGCCGGUGCCCGUCUGACCCGUCAGCCCCGAGCCGCUGCCUAGCGGCGGCGCGCUGUCCGACGACAGCGCCGUAUAAAGCCCCUGGUGGCACCGAGAGCAGUGGCGUACCUCAUCACGGAUAUUACGUCACGUGUAGGCGCACGUAUCCGCUUCCGCGAUCCCUGAAAACGUGGAGUGCGGUUUCCUGCUGCAAACGCCAAGCUCUCAGUACCCGUCUAGUGGACGGAAUGUUAUUAUUCACCUUUGGAUGAGCCUUCACGUUACGUGCGCAUUGUGAAUGGUGGAUAAUGUGUAUUUUCGCCGGUUCUAACAUCUAGAAAGAAGACAUGACCCGUGGGAGCACCGGCGACAGAAACCUCACAAUGAGGCAGAAGAGCAUAGCUGCAGGGCUCAUAUAGUGUUGCUGUAGGCCCAUUUUUAUCAAAAAUCGAGGAGGAAGGCAUCCUCAGGUAAAGUAGAAAAUAUUGGAGCGCAACCAAAGCGCUUUCCUCGACUUGUCUACCAGAGACUUGAAUUUAUUUAUUGUAGAGAGCAACGGACACUCGCACUCGGCUGCUUAUUUCAGUGAGCUCUGUUAACAGCUUACCUUCAUCAGGAGCAGAUUUUCACAGUCCAGCCACCAUAUAUGCCUGCACCCUCGAUGAGGGUUCUGAACCGUCUUUUUCUUGCGGGCGAACGCUGAGACGUGUAUCUUGCACCGUGACGCUACAACCAGAUUACCCUCAACUCAUUCGUGUGGACACAUCCUGUGCCAAUCCAUGAAUGCCUGGUGUGCUGUAGUGGGAGGCCGCACAAGUCACCUCUACGGAAUUGUGGCAGCCUGCAGACUGCGGCUCGAAAUGACAGUCUCGGCACCGUGAAUUAGCUUGGUGCCUAUUUCAACUUAUCUCUGUGGAAGUGAACGAUUCUUUAAACUUUUGCAUGCAUUUGUGUCUUCGCGGUCAAGUUUUACAAGUGGCACUGUUCCAAACAGAUAUUCGCCCAACUACUUCGCGUGUGUGUGAGCCUUUGAUUCAGUGGUUUGUAGCCAAGCCUGCAUGCCACGGCACCAUUACAGCUAGUUAUCUCUCAGGCGUGAUCCCAACUCUAAAGGAUGCUGUGAAACGCACUUUUUGCGAAGACACAGUACGGCGCGAAACGAUAGCCAUGUAGUUGAGGUGCGGUCACUACUCGCGUACAACCACUUUUUAAUAUUACACCGACUCGCUAUAUACUAUGGAAUACGCGCACAAUGGGCGAAAUACGUUUGACGGGCGUGCGCGAAACUGCACAUUGUCGAAUCUUUUGCUGAAGAAUGAAAUCGACAUGAUUUGCGAACUCUAUACAAGAUUACUCAUUAGGUGGCAAAAACGCGUAAGAUUAAAUGCUGAUCUUCCGUGCUCUUUAAGCAGGCUCUGUGGAGUCGGCAAACACCCGGCUGAUUCUUAAUAUCCCUCUUCACUUGGUAUUAUCAUUUGCAUAUGGCUCGGGCAGCGUCUGUGAUGCUCUACCAUGCACUUGCGCAAUUGCUCAAGCGCAUGGUCACAAGCUUGAGUACACUUGCGCAUGCACUAUUACGCAAUCUUGCGACACAUUUUUUCUUCGCCGAUGUGCCUGCUCUGCUUUACCGCUCAAGAAACGAUGCCAAUGACGGAUCCCGCCCAUGAUGAUGCAAUCGCAUGUCUCUUGGCUCAGAUAUGAAACGAAAUUACGAAAGAGCAAAACUGAGAAAAGUGGCGAACGUAAGUUCUGGAGGGCCCCGCUAAGCGUCUGCCAAGGUGGUUGCCGUACUGAAAAAAAAAUGUGGAGACGUGGCACUACAGCAUUAAGCUGAAGUCAAUAAAAUAGCGGGGAAAUGAAAUGAGCAAAGCGAGUUUUCUCACGACGACUCUAAAGGACGCCAUCGCUCAUAUGAAAGAUCUACAUGUCAUCCCUGCAAGCACCGGCAACGCAAUGCGCGCUCUGUCGGGGCCGCCAUUGCCGUCUGUCAAACGUAUUUUCGUCUCGUUUCUUGAUUUCACCAAUGUGUGUAAGCACUGCAGUCUUGUGUGGGAGACGCAUGUUCGUCACCGGCACGUACGAACGCACUUUAAACUCAAAGUACACACUGACUGCUAUAAGCUGGACAGAUCGCGAAGCUGGAAGCGAGUGUCUUGGUGCUGGCCGCGGAGAUGGCUAAGUGAUGUACAUGUCUAUACUGUGGUACCAAUAACAAUAUAUACAUUUUACUCUCAUGA